CCUAAUACGCACAGAAGUAAUAUAAUCGUAAUCGUGUGAUCAGAACAUAUGAUUCGCGCUGUUUGUGUAGUAGUUACAUUUUUCUGCAACGUGUUUUAAAAAAUAAAUUACGUUUUUUGAAAAUGUUUCGUCUGCUUCGCAGUGUUGCUAACAAGAUUCCUUCUACUUAUCAAACUGGGAUUGGUUUAGCAAGACCUAGCAUUGCAUGGUCAGCAAUACAAGCUAAAACAAUUUUUACAGGUACACCGAAGUUUGCUGUUGAAGUAACAAAACCAGCUCCCGAUUUUAAAGGCACUGCAGUAGUAAAUGGGGCUUUCAAAGAAAUAAAACUUUCUGAUUACAAAGGAAAAUAUGUAGUCUUGUUUUUCUAUCCUCUAGAUUUCACAUUUGUCUGCCCUACAGAGAUCAUAGCCUUCAGUGAAAUGGCUCCAGAAUUUAAAAAAUUAAAUGCUGAAGUAAUAGCAGCUUCAACUGAUUCUCAUUUCAGUCACUUGGCUUGGAUUAAUACCCCUAGAAAGAAAGGAGGCUUAGGAUCAUUAAACAUUCCUCUGCUGUCAGAUUUCACCAAAACCAUAGCUAAAGAUUAUGGUGUUCUUCUUGAAGCUGGCAUGGCUUUGAGAGGGACAUUUAUUAUUGAUCCAAAGGGUACUGUUCGACAUGCAUCCGUUAAUGACCUACCUAUAGGACGAUCUGUAGAGGAAACCCUCCGUUUAUUGAAAGCUAUACAGUUUGUUGAAAAGCAUGGAGAAGUUUGUCCAGCAAAUUGGAAGCCAGAUUCUCCUACAAUCAAACCUGAUCCCAAGAAUGCAAUGGAGUAUUUUGAGAAAAUGAAUUAGCUUUUUUCCUCUCAGUGUUGUAUAAAAUUGCAGAUUUGUAAAAUGUGCCUUUUUCAUUGAAUAAAAUAUUGUUAACUGUU